AUGCAGAUAGCUUACUGGUGUAAGAACUAUAGGAUCGGAGCCCUCAGAUUCACCAAAUUAUGGCCAAGGCAAGCCUCGCGUGCCCAGUUUCCCACAAUGUGGAAUGGUACUUGUAGGAGAGCUUCUGGUGCAUGUUUCAAUUGUGGGAGCUUUGAUCUUAAAGUGAAGGAUUGUCCUAAUCCUAAUAAUGCUCCUUCCUUGAAAACUGAAGGCUUAGUUCAUAAGCCUUCUAUUAAUCCUCAUCAAACUAAUAGAGGUGCAACAUCUAAAAACAACCAAGCAGUAGGUGCAAGUGGAGCUAAUAAAGCUAGUGGACUAACGGCUACUACACGCGCUUAUGCUAUGAGGCAGAGGGAUUAUCUAGAUGGACAAGACAUGGUUGUCAGUAAAUUUCACUUAUUUGGCUUAUGUGUGUUUACAUUGAUUGAUCUUGGUUCUACACAUUCCUAUAUUUGUUCAGCAUUUGUUCUUCCUAAAAAUGUGAAAUCUGUGAGACUUAAUUAUGAUUUGUUGGUUGAAUGUCCUCCUGGUUAUCAAGUUGUGUGUGAAAGAUCAUUGACAUCUAGUAUUAAUUCUACGGCCUUGGCAAGAAAGUUGAUGCGUCAAGGUUGUGGGGCAUACCUUGCUCACAUAGUUGAUACACGGUUUAAGAGUCCUUGUAUCAAGGACAUACCUGUUGUAUGUGAUUUCCCAGAAGUCUUCCCCGAAAAUCUUCCUGGGUUGCACCCAGAAAGAGAGGUUGAAUUUCCAAUCGAUCUUAUUCCUGGAUCUACCCCUAUUUCUAUUACUCCUUAG